AUGAAAGGCCCAUACCCCGAGAUCCAAGGCGGAGGCUCCCUCUUGCUCGCCUGGCAGAUACGGAACAAGCGCGUACUGAUUGUCGGUGGAGGAGAAGUCGCGGCUGGUCGCAUCGUGAACAUCCUCAACGCCGACGCCAAAAUCACCGUCGUCUCGCCACGUGACGGUCUCAACGAUGAAGUCGCAUACCGCAUCGAGCAGAAGCAGGUCGAUUACGUCGACCGCAAGUUCGAACCAUCCGACCUCGAUGGCGUUGACAUGGUCUUGACCGCCGUCGACGACCCUGAAGCCUCGUCACAAAUAUUCAAGCUGUGCAAGGAGAAGAAGAUCGCCGCCAACAUUGCAGACGUGCCGCCCGAGUGCGACUUCUACUUUGGCAGCGUGCAUCGCGACGGGCCGCUGCAGAUCAUGGUCAGCACCAAUGGCAACGGUCCUAAGCUGGCCAACAUUGUGCGGCGGCAGAUCGCGGCGGGGCUGCCAAAGAACAUCGGCAACGCCGUGCAGCAAGUAGGCAUGCUGCGGAAGAAACUGCGCAAGGUCGCGCCCAACAUCGAGGAGGGGCCGAAGAGGAUGCAAUGGAUGUCCAAAGUCUGCGAACAGUACACGCUUGACGACCUUUGCUCAAUGACGCAAGAGGACAUGGAGAUGCUGCUUGGUUUCUAUAAGCCAAAUACCGUUCCCACGCUCGAGCAGCUACGGCUGCAAGAACCUGACGGAGCAUUUGACGGGCCGUUCCUGAUCUAGAAGGUCCGUCACUUUCGCGGCGUUGGUGAACACAUUAGACCGGCGUUGGGUAGGCAUUUCAGUUCGUCCAACUGUAUAUCAAUUGUACACAAUUAUC